AUGCAUUCCUCCUUCCUGCGGCGAGCUGCUCGCAAAGCACCCCUCCGAGCACAGCUAUCGAGAAGUCAUCGUCUCGCUAAUUCGGUGGAAUCUUCGUCCCAUCGCCAUUCAGUUUCUUCCAAUUCUUUCACCACGACUGCGUGUCCUUCCAUUUCCGCAGCCAAUACACAUGGACCCCUGGUUCCCAUUGCUCGAAGCUUUUCGGUAUCCCCAGAGCUAAUAGAAGAUGACGAGAACGAUGUCCCGUUUGAUUCUUCUUUUGAAUCCAAGGCAGAACCAGUGAGCCCAUCCAAACCGAUUCGAUUCGAAGAUUUAGACCUUCAUCCAAAAACACUGAAAGCAUUACGGCGGCAAGGGUUGCACAAGACAACUGAGAUCCAGGAGAAAACCUUUGACGUGAUCGUGUCUGGAAAAGAUGUCGUAGGAAGGGCACGAACAGGAACUGGAAAGACUCUCUCUUUUCUCCUGCCAUCCUUGGAAAGAAUUGUUCGUCAACAAGCCAAACGCCCACUGCCAGGAAUACAAAUGUUGGUGCUCUCGCCAACGAGAGAAUUGGCGGCCCAGAUUGCCAAGCAAGCUGAAACAAUAUGUGAACAUCAUGAUGCUAGUAUAACAUCACAGGUGAUGUUUGGUGGGUCGUCCAAAGACGAGGACAUUCGUCGCCUCAGUGCGAAAAGCCCCACUAUCUUGGUGGCCACCCCUGGUCGUCUGAAGGAUCAUCUGGCCAAGACCAAACUACGAGGAGGCAACCCGUUCAUCGACACACUUCAAAAUUUGCAAGUUUUGGUCCUCGAUGAAACAGACCGACUAUUAGAUAUGGGAUUUAGACAAGACAUUCAAGACAUUCUGUCUUGCUUACCACGCAAGCGACAAACCUUGUUGUUCUCGGCAACCUUGCCUCUUUCGGUUCGCUCCGUCAUUGAUGAGGCUACUGCCAACAGCAGCAACGGGGGAUAUGAAUUGGUGGAUUGUAUCCAAGAUGAAGAUCCGGCAUCCCACACCAAUGCUCGUACCGAACAGCGCCACGUGGUUUUGCCAGCCCAUCGUUUUUGGACCGGUUCUAUGGAAUUGCUUCUGGAUUUGAUGGAGGAUAAGAAGGCAAAGAUCAUGGUAUUCUUUCCCAUGACAAGCCUGGUACAACUCUACUCAAACUUGUUUCAACUACGUUUUGGACGACGAGUAUUGGAACUCCACGGACGUAUGCACCAGCGAGAACGAUCCACAAUUAGUCGACGCUUUCGCAAUGCCGCCAAAGGUGUUUUGUUUACAAGCGACGUCAGUGCUCGAGGUGUUGAUUACCCAAAUGUGACGCACGUGAUUCAAAUCGGUGCUGCCGGAUCGCGAGAAACCUACAUUCACCGUCUGGGAAGAACUGGAAGAGCCGGAAAGAAGGGACAGGGAUUGCUUGUGUUGCCUGAGAUCGAGGAACACUUUUUGCAAGAUUUAGAGGGACUAGUCUUGCCACUGGACGGAAAACUUCAAAACCAAUUGGACAAGGUGAUGCCCUCCAAGCUUCUAAUGGAUGAGCUGGGGCCUGUUGCACAGGACGUUCGAGUUGGAAAGGAUCGCAAGUUGGAACAAUCCAUCAAGGAUGCCUAUCAAGCCAUGGUGGCAUACUAUUACCAGAGACUCGAAGAUCGUAACGAAACUGUUGACUUUGUGGCAACGAUCAAUGCACUGGCACAGAAUAUGGGCUUGAGUGAACUUCCUCCCAUUGAUUCCUACCGAGCACGCAAAAUUGGAAUCGACGACAUUCCAGGGCUGAAUAUUAGAGAUAGUUGGAAAGAUAAAGAUUGGUCCAGCGGAUGGGGAGAAGAGCCAGGUCGCCCAAAAAAGCCAUUCGGAAAGCCCAUUGGGGAUUUUGAAGGGGCAUUUGAUAGGCCAUCUGGACGAAAACAACACCACGAACGCACAAAAAGGAUAUGGGAAGCAUCACCCAAUGCAGGCCGCGGUCGGAGUCGGAAUCGAGACGGUGGUGGCAGUCGUAGCUCGUCACGGUAUGGCAACGAUCGAUCACAAGGCCCUCGUGCCGGAUUUCGAAGUAACCGCGAGGAAAGCGAGCCACAAUUUUUGAAGCUUGGAUGGAAGCACGGUCUUGCUGACCCACCAAAAAAUGAACGUAGCAACACUAGGAGGAAGAAUAAAGCCUUUCAAAGGUGGGAAUCUCCUGGGAUGACACCAAAAUAA